ACUUGCAAUAAAAACAUAAAUUAUCACAAAAUCCGAUGCUACUUAAGACUCAAAAGGCAGUCUGGUCGGAUUAGUCUGUUCUUUUGCCAGUAAGAUAGUACUGAAGCGUCCGAGCAUGCCAUCUCCCAACCUUCUACAUUUUGAUCACUCUGUCUUGCCUACCUGGCUUAAUACUGCUUAUAUUGAGAAUGCCUUACGAAGCUAUUUCGGGGAUGAUACUAUUAAAGUUGUACGUACCAAAGCUUCACCAGCAUCGGCGAAAGGCGACAACUACGUUUGUAUCCUGUCCCGGAUCCGCGUGGACUAUAUCAACAAAUCGUGUCAGGUUACUCAGUCGGGGAGUUACAUAGUGAAAGCUACGUUAAGUAGUGAAAGCAGUGGUGAAGUGAAAGCCGCGUUUGACAGCUAUGGUGCCUACGACCAUGAAAUCGAAAUGUAUGAAAAAGUGUUUCCCAAGAUCCAAGACGUGUUGAGUAAAGCUGGACAUUGUGUGACCUUGGUGCCAAGGGCCGUAAAAGUUGAUCACGAACAUCAAAGUAUACUUUUAGAGGACCUCAGUGCAAUGGGUUAUAAAAUGGCCAAUGUGCGUACAGGACUAGAUGAGAUUCAUGCGAAAAUGGUUCUAAAGAAACUGGCUAAAAUACAUGCGGCUUCCGCGUUCGUGAAUUCAGAGAAACCAGGAAUUUUCGAACAUUGCGAUCGAGGGAUAUUUAACAAACAUUCUAGAGCAUUCGAUCAGUUUUUUAAAUUGAAUUUGGAAGCGUGUGCACGAGCCGUAAGCGGCUGGGAAGGUUAUAAAACUUAUGGUGAAAAACUGUCCAAAUUACUACCACAUUUUACAAAGUACGGCGUACGAGUCAUGGAGCCAAAAGACCAUCAUUUUAACGUUCUAACUCAUGGUGACCUUUGGGGCAACAAUGCAAUGUUCAAAUAUAACGAGAGUAACCAGGUAAUGGAUGCUAUCCUGUUUGAUCUACAAUUCUGUAUUUGGGCCUCUGCCACCAUUGACCUUCACUAUUUCUUCAACACAUCACUAACGGACGACCUGCGAAUUAACAAUGUGGAGGAGUUAGUCCAUUAUUACUAUCAGAAUCUGAGGGAUACCCUCCAGGACCUCAAGUUUCCUGGGACAAUACCGACUCUACAAGAAUUCUUGGUGGAAUAUAUGGAAACAGCUUUUUAUGCGGUUUAUUCGUCGGUGAGUGCACAGCCUACAAUGAUCAACGAGGACACAGAAGAUGCUUCUUUCAACUGUUUGUUUAAGGACGAUGAGAGAUCCAGGCGAUUAAGGAACGCAAUGUUCAAUAAUGUGCGAAUUCGCAGAAAUUUACAGCAUUUCUUGCCCGUGUUUGAUAGGCGUGGUUUACUGGAUCUACAACCCUAGGUUUUUGAGUGCUGUAAAUUGUCGAAUUGAGGAUGUAUGUUGUUGUGCAAUAAAAGUCAGUGUUUUAAUUAUACGUGAUUAAAACGGUAAAACGGUUGACAAAC